AAACAGCCAAGUUGGCAGCACUGCCAACGAACAAUUUGCAAGCACCUCCAGGUGUCCGGCGUCGAAAGUCAACAACAAAUCUCGCAAUUCACUGGAUUCGACGACUGUCGGACGAAUCCGACGACUAACGUAAACACCCAACGAUUCCCAGCCAACGGAUGCAGUUAGAGUGUUUGCUCCGGUGGAUGAUCUCAAUUGGCCGGAGUGCCUGAAUCCUCGGCGUCGCGAAGUCAGCAUUGCAGUGGAAGGCAGAAAAGACGCGAUCUUCAAGGGUCCUGGGGCCUCGGAUUGAGAUCUCGUCAUGGCCACCAGCCACCAACCAGGCAAAAUGAUGGAUUUGAAGACGGUGGCGAUGGAUGUCGACCUGGACGCGGAUAAUGCUGUGGGCGCGGCGGCUGCCGAAGAACCGAAAAAGCCCAAGGUGGUAAAUAUCUUGGAUAGCUUGGAUACCGAGCGACAGCUUAUCCGUCUCGUUCGACGCCAGCCGGCUCUGUACGAUGCCAGGAAUCCGCAUUUCCAGGACGAUGCCUACAAGGAUCGGGCGUGGCAUCGCAUCUGCCGUCGCAUGGACGCCGAAGUGAGUGAGUGCCUGAGUGCCUGGGCGGAGUUGCGCUAUCGCUUCCAGCGUCACGUUCGCCGCCUCCACGCCCAUAACAAGAGUCUAACCGAAAAGAAACGUCGCCGGCGUCCAAAUUUCAUCUACGAGGAGGAAAUGCUGUUUCUGUACCCGCAUGUCUCUCGGUUUACGCAUCAUAGGACCACGCCUGUGGAGGUGACCGAAUUCGUGGCCCAUACAGACUCCAUGCCGGAUGUGGUCAUUGUGGAGCCGACCAUUGACGUGAUCGAUGUGGAUCUGGUUGGGCCGAGCAAGUUCCAGUGCACCAAGAAUUCCCGGAAACUGAUCGAAGCAGUCCAUGCCUAUCCGCAGCUAUACGAUCCAACGCAAGCGGGAUACGAAAACCACUGGCACCUGGGCCUGAUUUGGGGCGCCAUUGCCAAUGAGCUGCGCGACAAGGGCACCAAGCUGAUGAAGAUGUGGCUCAACCUGGUCAUUCGCUACGAAUGGGAGCUCAAUCGCACCAGCAAGGAGGCGAUUGCCGCCUCCGAACUCUGCCAGCUGAUGGCGAAAGUGAAGCCGCACGUGAAAAGGCGACCGGGCACCGUGUACAAGGUCUCCAAGUACCUGAAGAUGGACUGGCACGAGCCGAUCGAGCAUUUCAAGACCGUUCAGAUGCUCAUCGAGGCCAUCCAGGGCAGUCCGGAUCUGGUAGCCAUGGUGGAGGAUAACAUCGAGAAUCGGACGAAACCGCCGCGCUACGACGAUCUGUGGACGAAGAUUGGCGAGCAAGUGGCCUGCUGUCCGCAGCGCUGCGAGGUAACCUGGCUGGUGAUGCGCGCCUUCCACAACGACCUGUCCCGGAUGCGCAACGCCGGCUAUCAGCUGCAGGACAAGUGGUUCUUCGAGCACCUCAUCCACGACAUCUUCAAGAUCUACAACUCUCGCGAUCCCCGCAAGGCGACCAACAAGCGGACUCUCAACGGCGAUCUGACCGCCGCGGAAGCAGCCACCAUAUCCACCGGCGAGCCGCCGGCCAAGAAGCCAUCCAAGCUACUCAAGUCGCCCGGUGUGAUCAAGGCACUGUCAGCGAUGUCGAAGCUAACGAGCCCACCCAAGCCGCUCCAGCCACCCAAACCGAUUCAAACGAAAACAGGGAUGCCGCCGAAGGGUAUAGCGCCGCCAAAAGGUAUACCGCCGCCGAAGGGUAUCCCCUCGAAGGUUAUAGCCCCGAUGAAGCCCCCAACAUCGUCGAAGGGAACGAAAGUGCCUUUCCCGCAACCGAAACUACCGACACCGCCACGCCUGCCGCUGGCCAUUGUCUACCCGCCCGCCAAGAAGUAUCCCAGCCCCAGCAUCGCCACGCCCAGCCGCCCCAGCGACAGUCCCAGCACCUCCGCCUCCGCUUCCGCUUCCACAUCUGCCUGGAGUCAGGGUUCAACCGCCAGUACCGCCAAUGUGCCCGUGGCUGCCAGUUCCGGGUCGAAUGAGGAGAUAUCGCCACCCGUGUUCCUGAUCCCCAAGGUACAGGGCGGCAUCGGUGGGUCGUCUCCCAGCCAGAAGCCUGCCAACCAGCCGCCCACCAAAAACAUAUCGGCGGUGGGCACGAAUGGCUUUCCGACCGUGAGGGCGGUGCGUAUGUCCACGCCUCCAUCCCCGGUGGUCCGUUCGGUGCAUCUGUGCGAGUCUACUGGGAUGCUGCAGUCUCUGGAAGUAAACCCACCACUGCAGCCACCGGGACACAUGUUGCAUCCCCAGCCCAUGGUGGCGAUGCCAUCGCUACCAACUCCACCCAAUGUCAGUGCCCCCAUGGUGGUUAUCCAGUCCUCGGCUCUGCCCAGCGGCUGGGAGAACAUUACCGGCAACUCCAUGCCCACCUCCGGCCCCGUUAACGCCACACCGAAGAAGAAACCUGCACCGGAUGAUGGCCAUCCCCUCAGAAACGUAACCAUAUCCCUGGUAUCCUCCCAAGCCCAAGCCAACCAAGAGAAUGCCACUAGUUCGAUUGCUGAGGAGGCAUCCCAACCGGCAGCCACGCCCAAUGCAGCACCCAAAGGAACCAAAGCCAACUCAAAGCCAGGACUUCGAGCGUACAGGAAGAUAGCACCGGCACCACUGCCCUCUAGGGCGGUGGCAGGCAAACGGAUACCUGCGGCAGGCGGCGCCGGCAAGGGUGAGGAUACGGAGGAGACCGAGUCGUCUAGUGAGGCGGAGGAAACUGUCGGCGACAUUAAGGUGCGAUUAGUGGUGUCGCCCAGGGAGCGAUUACUGGUGGUCUGGGGCGGGGGCCUGAUCAAUCGCUACCACUUCAACAUGGCGCGAACGGCGCUGCUCGUCCAGGAGGUAAUGGCUGUUCCACAGCUGCACAAGACCGACCCCCAGCUGGCGGAUAAACGGGCCGAAUUCUGGAGCAUGAUUGCCAAGAAGUUUCAAAUACCAGAUGAGGCUGUGCAAGCCUGCUGGAAGUUUCUGGCCAACAAUAUGAGCUUCUUCCCCUCGAUAGCACCCAUGUCGGAGCUAAUGGUGCCCGUUCGGAGCAACCUCAAGGUCUGGGAGAAGUCGAAUCGUUUGUUUAGCAAAUUUGAUGAAAUCGCCCGGAAAUACAAGUGGAUGGAGCACCGGGAGAAGCUGCCGGAUCUGAUACGGCACUUUAAACAGCACGAGCAUCUAUACUGGGAGAUGAGGAGUGCCCGGCCCGGCGAAGCAGAGCCACCACUCCGGCACUACACCGACCAGGAGCGGCAAGAAGUGUGGCGCGAGGCGAAGAUCAAGUUUCCCAACUUGAAUCAUCGGGAUAUCUGGUCCAUGUUCAAGUUCGCUUUCCGCACCUACAUGGAGGAUCUGGAGCGGGGUGUGGAGAAUCCGUGGCCGCAGAACUGGUGGCGGGCACUGGAGCAGCUUAGAUUUUUGAUUGAUGUGCGCUACCAUCCGCUGGAGCCAUUGUUCUACAUCGUCCAUCAUAAGGUGCACGAGGAGGUGAAGCGGUGCAGCAUGUACGAGGAUCUGAUGGCCAGCGGCGGUGUCGAGAACCGGAGGACAUCCACCAAUGUUCUGGCGUACUUAGCCAAACGGAAACUGCCCUGGGAGUCGGAGGAGGCGAAACGCUUGCUAACUGGACAGUUGAGCGGUGGGGGCAGGCUACAAAAAACCACAAUUGAACUCUUACGUGUAUCCGACUCGGAGGAUGCUCCAGCUCCUGCCCCAGUUCCUGCCCCAGUUCCGGUGACAGCUCCGGUGACAGCUCCUGCUCCGGCUCCGUCCCACGUUGCUGUUCCUCCGGUUACUGUUGGUGUUGCUCCCGCAUCUGUUUCGGUGCAUGCGCCCGUUUGUGUCUCUAUUCCCAUGUCGGUUCUGGCUCCCGCUUCGCCGGCAAUAUCUGCGGCAGCAUCACUGCCCGUGGCUGCACGUGCCACACUCACCCUAACGCCUGGCUCCAAUCUCCCAGUGGUGACUACACCCACACCCGCUUCAUCUGGCACCCAAUCGUCCUCUCCCAUAUCGAUUCGUGACACACCUCCGCUAGAUCCACCUCCUGCGCCGGCUACUACUCGAGCGGCAGCUCGCUCGUCUGGUCCAUCGGUUGAACCACCGGCGUCUGUUGUCGUGGCCAAGCCCAAGGUAGCACCAGCACCAGCACCAGCACCCGCGGCUGAAGCCAACGGCGAGGCGUGUCUGAUCCGCAGACCGCAUACCUAUUGCCUGCCCACGCUAGAUGCCUUCCAGCUGACCCGUGUCCUGCGCAGCCAUCCGCAGACCUACGAAAAGGCCAGCACCAUCGACAAGCGGGCCGCUUGGGUGCGCGUCUCCAAGCAGUUAAAUGCAACAGUGACCGAGUGCCGUCUGGGUCUCCAGCAUGCCCUGCGCGAGAUGCGAAUCCUGAAGAUUGUGGAUCCCACGAACCGCUGCACCAUGGGCCACAAGUACUAUCGCUACAUGACCGAGAUGUAUACGCUGGUGAAGCCGCAGGGUCAGCUCAUUAUCCGGACACCCCAGCAGCUGAACCAGCUGGAUCGGACGGAGGCCAUCGAUGCCGAUGAUGACAUCGCGACGUCAGACACGCCACAGUUUCUGCCCGAGAUCAAUACGACCACCAGUGAUCUGGAUCUGGUGGUCAAGAACUGGGCCCAGGCUGUUGGCAGUUUCUCGGCCGCCGACCAGGACGCGAUGGCCGCCAGGCUGGGCGAGAUAUUCGCCCGGUAUGCCGCCGAUGAAGAUGAUGAGGAAGUGGGGGCCACGACCGAAGGCCAGGACGAAACGGAAACGGAGACGGAAACGGAAACGGCACUGCCCUAGCACGCCAUAAUCUCAUCAUCCCACCUCCUCCUCGCCUGACACGAAGAAAGGAUCAUUAUUUAUUUAAUUAUUAAUCGAGUAUUUGUACAUUAGGGAGAGCUCCUCCCAGGACAUGAUUCUGGGCAUGAUCUUUUGAUUUUCAUUUAUACAUAUGUGUGUUUAUUGUAUUUUUUUUGCAUUUCAAAUUACCAUUUCGCCCAAAAUACAAUUAUUUUCAUAUUUUUUUUUCACAAAUUUUUGCAAUUUUGGCAAAGAAACUAAAACUAAAAACUAAAUUGUAUUGUUAUUUUUUUUUUGAAAAUCGAAAAAAUAAUGUCAUGACUUUGCAAUUCUUUUGCGGUUGCCAUUUGAAGGACCUUAAGGACCUUAUGCUUAAGGAUCAUAUUAUAUUGUAAUAAUAAUAAUGAGACGAUGUCUUUGA